GCGACGCAGAAGAGAGGAGGGGAAAUCGUGGUGGCCUGUGGAGGCUUUUUCUCUUUUGUAAACGCAGAACUGAGGAACGGCUGCUCCAGAGGAUGCUCUCUGCCUUUCGACAUCACCGCACAUUUCUUCCGGGGCCUCCUGAGCGCCAGUGUGGAGUGCAGCCGCCCUGCCCAAGAGGUGACAGCCGUGCUCUCUUCGUGCCAAGCCAGGUGUCCCAUCCUCCUCUCUUCUGCUGCGCGAUGGUGGCCGCGGCUGGAGCCUGUGCUUUGCUCCCAGUGGAAGAGACUCUUCGAUGGUCCUUUGGCUCAGGGGCUGCAAAGCCUCAAGGAUUUACGGUCUUCUAUCCAGAGCUGCCUGGCAUCGGGGGCAACUUCCCUGCCCUCCAACAGGGCCUGGGUCUCCGCUGCUUUCCUCCACUUCUCCGUCCAGCAGCAAGUGGAUCUUGAAGAACAGGGAGCCGUGCUGGGAAGGCUGGGGCCGAAAGCAGAGCAGUUCCUGAUCUACGUCCUCUUCUUUUCCGUCAUGGAUCUCAUCUCGGCAAAAGUGGCUCCACAGGAAGGAACGGAGGCCCAGAAGGUUUUGGACUGGAGCUCCCGGGUGCUUCAGCGCUUGGUGGAAGAAGGGCCUGCCUGGCUGGCUGUCUUCUGUCCGGCAGGAAAAGGCUCUGAGCUUUAUGAGACCCUGCGCGACGCUGUGUCCGAUCAGCACCUGAAGAUGCUGCCGGUCGCCUUCUACAGCCUGCUGCUGGCCUUCGAUGGGGAAGAGCUUAUCAGAGAGCAAACAUUCCUGCCUGUGGCGGUUGACAUGUACACACAACUGCUCCAGCUCUUCACGGAAGGGGCCCCGGUGGUUGCGCUGAGCCAGAAGGAGCAAAGUCUGCACAUCUGCAAUCUCGGAGAUUCAUUACUGCUGAUCCAGCAAGCGCGGCAACUCCUACUCCGGGCAAUUCCACGGUCUCCUCCAGGGAGCUUCUCCAACCUCCAAGAGAUGUUGGACCUCUGUGGGGAUCUGGACCCAGAGCUCAAGGCAGCCCUCAUCAGCACUCAAUCAGGUGAGGAUUUGCUAGAGGAAGAACUGCUUUUCUGAAGGCCAAAGACCCCCCUCCAACCAGGCCUCGAGCGA